AUGCCAGGAUAUAACCCUCAGAGAGCUUCAGGAAAUUACAUGUCUGGUGGCGAUAAAGGUAAAGAUUUAGCAAAUAAAAUUUUCAUCCAACCAAUUUCAGGUCCUAACAAAACAAAAAUUCAACAAAAUGCAGAAGCAUAUCAAAAUGAUGCACAAACUGCUCGACAGUCUAUUCAAAUUGAUCCAGAUCCUAUUAUUAAAAGAAUUGAUGAGCCAAUUAGAAACAGAUUACAAGCACAGUUACCAAUACAAGAACUCAAUUUCGUUUCUGUACAGGCUGAAGCUACAAUUGAAUAUAUGCAGCAAGAUAUUGAUCAAAUCGACACAAGAGUUAUUAGUACUAGCAAAAAAGUUGGUGAGAUAUCUCAAAAAAUCCGUUUACUACAAGGUAAAGCAGUUUCUCUCACUCAAACUACUGAAGCGAUCAAUGCCAAGUUAACUGUUUUAGAUGAUUGGUUAGACGGUCUUGAAGGUGUUGGAGGUAACUAUAAGAUGAGACUAAUCGAGUUUAUUGUCAAAAUGUUUACAUUUAUUUCUUCAUUAUUCCUUUUGUUAUGGAACAGCCUCAAGGCAAUGAAUCCUAUGAAAUGGAGAUUCAGAAAGGAUACUAAGAUUGAAACCAAACAAGAAAAAGACCAAGAUUCAACAACAGAUGAUAUGACUGAACCCGGUUCUUAA